AAGGAGUAUUUUUAACACAGUCAACAUUUACAACAGAAAAUACUGUUGUAGAUACAGAUGAGAUAUUAAGUGAUGUCCUGGAUUUACAGAAGGAAAAUAUUACACCUCGGCCGAAUUUCAACGUUUUAAGUGAGAUGUUCUCAGACAUCUCGGAAGAUGAAAUGACAGAAAUAACUCAAGUUGUUGAAGAAGUUGAAACACGGCGACGACUUGCAGGAUGGUGAUUUGAAAAAAAAUGUUGCUGGAGAAUCAUGUGUAAACACAGAAAACAAAACGAAAUGGGCUUUAAAAGUUUUUGAUUCAUGGAUUGAACAGCGACUGAUACAAUCCAAAAACAAUGAAAGCUGCAAAACUUUCCUAACAAUUUACUGGAUUUACCUGUCUCCGAUAUUAAUGAGGCUCUGACUUAUUUUGUAGCUGAAGUUCGAAAUAAGAAUGGUGAGGUGUACAGACCAAACACACUGUAUGAAUUAAUUAUAUCUAUACAACAUUAUUUUCGGCAAAAUGGACGUUUUGUGAAUAUUUUGGAUGAUACAGAGUUUGCAGGACUGAGAGGGGUACUAGACGCCAGGAUGAAAAACCUCGCAAAACAAGGUUUCGUAAUAAACAAAAAGCAGGCAGAAAUUAUAACGGAAGAACAAGAGCAGUUGAUGUGGGAGAAAGGUGUCAUGGGGACAGACACACCAGAAAAACUUUUAAACACAUUAGUGUAUCAACUGGGUUUGAAUUUUGCAUUGAGAGCAGGCCAAGAACAUAGGAAUCUUAGAUGUGGACCUUAUAGUCAAAUUACAGUGAAACAGGAUUCUGAUGGCAAAACAUAUUUGGAAUACAGAGAAGAUGUAUCAAAAACUAAUGCCGGAGGACUUCUCCAUCGUAAGGUGACACCAAAAGUUACAAGGGCCUAUGAAAACACAGUACUUCCAGACCAAUGUCCUGUGAAGAUAUACCAGAAAUUCAUGAGCCUAAGACCAAAAACUGGAAAAUGCAGUGCAUUGUACCUAAGGCCAAAGAAGACCCCCAGCCCGGACUGUUGGUACUGUGAUUCUCCACUGGGUGUACAUAUCUUGCAGCAGACAGUGGGGAAGUUGUGUGAGGAGGCUGGAUUUAAAGGAUAUUUCACUAACCAUUCCCUACGAGCGACUGCUGCGAAACGCCUCUAUAAGGCAGGAUUCGACGAACAAUAAGUGGCAGAAAAAACUGGACAUCGGUCAGCGGCCAUUCGUUCAUAUAAGCGUACAUGUGAUGCGCAGCUGGCAAAUGUUAGCAGUAUUGUGCAAGGAAUUGAAAAUAUGGCAUCACCAGUGAAAAAAUUAAAACUUGCUGACUCCAGUAAUACUAAUACUAAUAAUAGGGAGUUAUCUGUUAGCGCGGGUGAGGUGUCAUUUAGAUUCUUAAAGGGAGUACAUUGUAUCUGUAACAGUGGAUUUACCUGUAUAUAUCCAGUGGAUUGAUCACCAUUGUGUCAAUUUUGUAUUGUUUCAAUAAUGCAAUUAAAAUUUGAUGGAUAUAUUGUCAUGCUCCAGUUUCUAUGUUCUACUUAAACUGGUCCAAAAACAUGUCCGUUAUUUUUAACAAACUGUACAAUAUUAAAAUAUUGGACAGUUUUAUGAUCUUAUUGGACAGUUUUUGUAACAUAUUGGACAGUUAUGCAUAUAACAGUACUCAUAUUCUAUAUAAUGGACAAUUAUAACAAUGGAUGGCAUCACAAGAAUGUUUUAAGCUGCCAUAUGGCUGCAAUAUAUGAUAAUGUACGUAUGUUAAGUAUAAAAACGCCAUGGUUAUAACCAGAGAUAAUGCUAUAUGUAUACUAAUGCAUCAAUCAAAGAAAGCACACAAUUACCCUGCGUGUA